UUUUUUUGUGAUUUUUGAUAUGCGAAAUUUGGAUUAGAAAAAUAUAAUCAAGAAUGGCUAGGUGGUUUUGGUGGUUUGCGGCAACAUUAGUGGUGACACUUUUAUUUGUCGGAGGUGAUUGCUUACGUAAGCCAGUCAAUGAAAAUGUUGAAGGUCAUGAUACGACAAUCCAAAGUCGAGGUGGUUCACGAUUUAAUAUGAAGGUUGAAAAAAAAAUUGUUACGACCCCCGUGCCUUUCACCACUUUAACGAGGUCAACUCGUCGGGGUACAACUCGUCGUGAAAUCCCACGGGCAUCAUCUGAUAAAAAUCACUCAACCACCCUGAAAAAUCACGCUGACCAUGAUAAAAAUAUCGGAUCAAUAAAAAUCGAUAAAUUAACUGGUACCUCAAGUAGAAGGACAGAAUCAUUGAGAAAGAAUGGACAAUUGAGACGUGAAUCAUUGGUAAAUGAUUUGACAAAAGCAGCUACAGAAGAUAGAAGAUAUCUUCCUGAAGUCGAUGAUAAACGUCCGAUUAAAUUUCAGGAUGAAACGAAUCUUGAGACACCAGUUGAACUUUCACCGAAUGAUCGAGUCAAUCAAAGAGGACGUUUGACAUCUAGGGGUUUUAAUUCAAAAAAUAUUGAAAGACGUUCUGACAGUGUAGAAUUUAAGAGAGCGGAAAAUUCUCAAACAAUUGUACCAGCUGAUGAUUUAAAACAGCGUAGUAAAUUUAUGUCUAGAAAAAGCUCAUUUGUCGAAUCACAAAUACCCAGGGAGGCUAUCAAUCGAGCCACAGAAAAUCCUAGAAAUUCAAAAAAACGUUUUACAGAACGUGGCACUGAAAAACAAGAUUCGUUGGAUUUAAAAUUAGAAAGUUCUAGUAAAAAAGCUGAUUUUACACAAAAAAAAUCAGCAGAAAGAUUACGUGGUUCUUUGAGAGAAAAAAUUUCGACAACUUUAUCACCAAGGGUCAAUAGAAGAGGUUCAACUGAAUCAAAGAAUAUCAGUAGUCAGUCGAGAGAAACGAGAACCGAGUCAAGAUACAAUAAUGACAGAAAAAAACCAGAACAAAGUACACAAAAUAUACAGCCAUCAAGAAAAUCAGAAACACCUAGAAAAAUGGAAAAAUUAAAAAAACAAGAAAUAACACAAAAAUCAAGUGAAAAUAAUAAAAUUAAAUCUGAUGUAAAAUUUGUAACUGAUGAAUUAUCAACAGUUGCUGUUGAGAGGGUCAUGACAACUACUGAAGCUCAAAUUUUCACGACAGUUUUGCCAACAGUUCGUACAAAAACAUCAUUAAAAGAUGAAUUACCUGGUAGAAAUUUAAAGCUUCGAAGUCGCAAAGUAGCAGCUGAUGUUCAUUCAACAACCCCAGUUGCUCAAAGAGCACAAUUAACCCAGACGAGAAAAAAUUAUGAAUUAACAAUGUCACGUCGUUUACCCUCCACUAACAGCCCAUCAAGAUCAUCAACAACAUCAUCAACAACAAUAAACACAGUAACUCCAUCAACUACAACAGAGCCGCAGUCAACAAGUGGUGCUAGAAAUAUCAAACACUCCAACAAAACUUCAGUGACACUGAAGGCUGAUCGAGAGCUUGAUGAAACUGAAAAUUAUCCACCAGAAUUUAAAGAAAAAUUAGCACAAUUGAAAUCCUCAGACACAAAGAACCUAUCAUCAAAAACUUCUGUACAAGUUAACGAAGAUAAUAACAUGCUGAUGUUAAUUCGUCAUUUACGUUCCACUGAAAAUCAAAAUUCAAAGGAUGAUAAUUUAUCAGAUGAAUCUCUUUCAAUUAAAAAUCGUACAAAGUCAUUUGUGGAAUCAAAUAACCAGGAUAUUUCCUAUGGUCUCAGACAACGGCUACUUGAUGUCAGCAGUUCUUCAAGGUCACAAGUAAAUCUGACAAAUGCUAGAAAAGUCAUUGAACCUCAAGAAAAGAGAGAAGAGCCAACGAAAAUUAAUUCAUCAGGAGCAACACGACAAACAGGUAGAUCAUCAGAGCUUGCAAUAAAAGCUCUACAAUCUAAAUCAUCUGAAGCAUUUGGUUUAAAUGAACCCAAGACAAUUAAAGGACCCACCAGAUUUGGUACAUCAAGACCAUCUUCAACGACAAACAGAGCAUCAGUGACUGUAACUUUCCCAACGAUUGAUAAAAAAAUAACUAGACCUUCAAAAAUAAUUAGCAGAAAAACAGAUAGAUUAGUUGAGCCACAUAAAAUAAAUAGUAUGAUAAAAUAUAAAACUGAAAAUAGUGAAAUUGUCAAGACAACUGUUCCAUAUCAGCCACUAACACCAACAAAAGAAACAAUGACACGAUCUGUUCAACCCAUUGAAAAAGAAUCAUCGACAACAACAACAACAACAACAAAGCGUUCUGUUUCAACUGUUAGACCAGUUCGUCCAUGGAAUGUUGAGUAUAUAGAUAGAAAUUGGCAAGAACCAACAACAAGAUCAAGUGUACCAGUUAAAAAAUUAGAUUUUAUGACAACAAAAAGACCAAAAGCUUGGAAUUUACGUGAUACAACUGAACAAUCAAGUAUUAAAUCGACCACAACACAAUCAUCCUUCACAUCAAUAAAUAAAAAUCCAAGAUGGAAAGCAAGUACUUUUAAUUAUGAACAGACAACAGUUACAUCACCUCGCAAUUUAGCAUUGCAUGUUCAGCGUCGUGAAUUUCGACCAAGGACUUCAACAUACAGGCGUCAUUCAGGACUUCCAGUAGUUGAAAAUUUAAUUGGAAUAAAAGAUAGUUCAAGUGUUUCUAUUACUCCAAAAAUACCAAACUAUAAUUCAUCAGAUAAAACAGAAAAUAUGACACAUCGAUCAACGAGACAAGAGCCUGCUAUUGAAGUUUCAAAUUCAACAAUCAGCAAUAGCACUAGCAAUGAUACAUCAGGAAUAUCACUGACUAGUAGAGGCAGUAGUGGCAAUUCAGAUUCAAAUAUAUUUAAUCCCUCCAAGUCAACAUAUCUUAUAAGUUCAAAUGCAAGUUUGCUGGAACAAUUGAGAAGUACUGUUGCACCAUUGUUAAGUGCACUUGGAAAUAGAACUCCAAUUUUCAGUGGAUCUUAUAGUAAUGUUCAUAAUUCAAAUUCACAGUCACGAUCAACACCAAGUGGUGCUCCACCAAGGUUUAGCGCAAGAUAUCGAGGCGCUGAAUUAUUUGUAAGAAAACCAAAUAGUCUUGAUUCUUCAGGACCAUCUUCAACAAAUCCUUUUGAAUCAACAGAGGAUACCCUCAGAUCUCCAGAUAUUGCAAUAUCAAGUCCCGGUGAGCCGAAAGUGAUAACAUUUUACCAAGCCCUGGAAUCUGCUAGUAUAACUAAUGAAAUUGACCAAACAACGGACAAUGUUAAAAAAUUCCAAGACAUUGUUCAGGUAGAACCAAUUGAAAACACCGUUAUCCAAUCUAAUGUUACAAAUAAUGCUAAUAAUGACACUACCAGAAUACUAGAAAAAAAUUUAGAUCAAGUAAUGAAAAUGGCUACUAGUUUAAAUGGGGUAGAGGAGUCCCAAGACCCUGUUAACGAGUCCACCACUAUGCCUACUAUUGACGACAUGCCUGUCACCCAAACAAAUGUCAUUGAGACCCCAAUUGAAAGCACUGUUAUGCCUCAAAGUGUCCUGAAUCGCGAACCCAGCACCACUUUUGUUUUUAACCCUACAGAAGAUAUGGAAACAACGGCUAGUAAUGCUGAAUCAACGACAACUUUGGCUUCUAAUGAUGUCAGCAAUGGAAUGAUGAAUGAUUUACUAGAAAUGAUUGAUGAAUUACCAGAAAUGAUUGAUGAAUUACCAGAAAUGAUUGAUGAAUUACCGGACAUGAUGUUGACUACGAUGGAAACUUUAACUACCACUGAAAAUCAGGCUUCUUUCAAUUUAUCAGAAUCACUACAAAACUCCACUGAGAACACUGAUACUGCUUCUGUUUUUACGACAAUUAUUCCUGAAAUUUUAAUGACUGAGUCUACAACAAUAAGUUCUCAAUCAAAUGAUGAAAUUAUAAAAAAUUUUUCAACCACUGCUGUACCUUCAACUUCAACAAUUGAAAUAACACACUCAGAAUUAAUAAUACCAACGUUAAAAAGUCUUGCUCAAUUUACAGAAGCACCCUCAACAACUCAGGUAAUUUAUGAAGCAAUGGAAAAUAUCACAACUGCACCGUCGUUCAGUACAGUGACUGCUGAUCCAGAUUUUUCAACAACCACUAUAAUACCGGAAAUUUCAAGCACGUUUGAAUAUUCAAAUUCAAAUGAAUCAUUAGUAGAUUCAACGACUGAUCUCCCAGGCUCAUUUGACAAUGAAUUACUUACUAUGAUAAAUCGUCUAAUGACACUUCUCAUUCGCGAUAACACAACUUAUUUACAAAACAUUCAACAACAAUCUAAAAUUGAGCUGGAAAAUGCUGGUCGAUUGUUGGGUGGCUUUUUGGAUAACACCAGUAGAAAUAUAACAUUAGAUAUAGAUAAUUCAAAACUUAGUGAUAUUCUUGAUUCAAUAAGAAAUAAAAAUACUUCUGACAUGGAUUUGUCAUCUCAGUCAAUGCAAUCGUUGAUGACUGAAUCAGCAACGAUGGCUCUAGAGAUGCAAACAAUGUUUCCAAGUGAUACCCUAAUUUUUGAAACAACUACGCCUAAUACUAAUUCUACCAUUAACAAAACCAGCAUAAUUGAUCCAGUGCUUUUAACAACAUCAGUGCCAGAAAUAUUAAAAAAAUCCAGCCCAGAGAAUGAAGAACCCAGUGUAAUUACGAUUCCAGAAUUAACAACUAAUCCCCAAACAAUGACUUUAAAUUCAACAACCCCUGAUACUAUUUUAUUAACAGUUGACCUUGAUAUGCUUGCUGGUUUACAGAAUAGCACACCAGUAAUCACUGAAACGACAGCAGGUAUCGACGUUCAAUCUACCACAACAAUUUCCCCGACUGAAAAUACCCCAAUGCUCACAACAACCCAACAAAUGUCCUCCACAAGUCCACAAAUGUCCUCCACAAGUCCAGAUACUCCAAGACCCGAAAUCACAAGUGAAAAUCCAAUGAACGAGACAACAGUUUCUUCUGUGAAGUCAUCAAAUACCAGUUCAACAACAAAUGCACCAACAACUCAGUAUACAGGACGUUUUGGUGGCUCCAGAAUAACUCCAGCACCAAGAUUCAGUUCAAGUUCAUCAACCCGUCAACCCCUUAGAGAUUAUCAUGUUUAUGGAAUUUAUCCAAAUAAAACUAUUGUUCGAAAACGGCCAGAAGAUAAUUUAAUUGACGCAAGGAAUGUUGAUAGUCCUUAUGUAAUUUUUGGCAUUUAUCCAGAUGGAAAAUUGGUCCGAAAAUAUCCAAAUGGAACGGUAAUACCGGAUCCGCCAAUUGUACCGGUGGAAAUUGUAUUUACGCUUAGCACAUCUACCACAAGCACUACCACUAACAGGCCCUUAUUUAAUGAGCAGUUAAUUAAUCAAUCUAACAAAAUUUUGAAUAAUCAAAAUGACACGUUAUUAAAUAAUCAAACGGCGGUUGAUGUACUUAAAAAUCCCAGAGGCCAAACAGACGAUAAUCCCAGCCAGCUAAAUAUUGGACUGUCUAGUAACGCUCUCCGGCCUAACGGCAACGGGCCCAAUCAAACCAAUGGUCCCGUUUUAUUAUCCACUGCCGAUAAUACCAGUAACCAGUCUAUCAUCACAAAAAUGACUGAAGUUGUGUCGGAUAUGGAAAUGAAAUCAUCAAUGUUGAGUACAACAGAAAAAAUGGAAAAUAUAUUGACAACGCCUGGGCCACCGACAGCAGCAACACCCUCAAGCGUCACAUCACAGGGUGGUCGUAUUAUUCAGGACGGAGAAAGGGACAAGGCCAGCAGGACUAAAGAGGCCGGAGGUCAACGCAGCACCGUGUACAUUGGACAGGAGAAGUUCAUUGACUACUGGACAGACGAUCCACCCGGUAAUAAUUCGCGAGUCAUUAGUGUGAAAAUAAAUUCUGUAACAAAAGCAAUAAAUGGCUUGCCUCCAUCAUCAAAUCAAGAAAUUAUUGAAAAUAUUCAAAAUACAACAUCAUCAAGUAAACCAUGGAAUGAUCCACUUGAUCAAAUUUUUGGAAUUCCAAAAAAUUCAUCAUCAAAUGUCAGUGACGAGCCGGUUCCAUCGAGAUCUUCGAUCACUGAGAGUUCCAUAAAUUCAUUCUCGGGGGUCCUCACCCCCAUGUUGAACGACGCGCAGUUAGUCAGAGACACUUUGAUCACGACCACCACUGGUGAACCAAGUGUCUCUACCACAGACACUACGACAUCACCAACAACAACAACAACAACAACGACGACCACUACUACCAGUACCACACCACCACCAACAACAACUACCACCAUGAGCCCACGACCAACGACAUCAACAACAACAACAACAACAACAACAGCAACGAGUUUUGUUCCAAGUACUUUUUCGUCGACAAUGAGCACUACAUCUACUACCCCCUCAACCAAGCCAUCCACCACAACAAAUAUUCCCAUGCAAACACCAUUUGGCACGACAUUUGAUGAUUUGGCUUUUUUAAAUUCAUUGCUACAACCAAAUGAAUAUUUAGCAUCAGCCAGCUCGACAUCGAAAUCUUUGACUGAAGUUGAACAGCUGUUAGCUAACAAGAUAUUAUCAUUGGCUCUUGCAAAACCAGGACCAUCACGUUCUGCAAAAGCAAUUCAGCCAUCAAAUUCCGAGCCAAAUUCAUUGGAUCUAUUGUCAAGUAUUGAUGAAUCAUCACAGCCAAUUAUCAUUGAUUUAUUACAAACAACAUCGAGAAAUUUUCCACCAGCAAGUACAACUACUAGUAAAUCUGUUACAUGGAAACCUGUGGCUACUGUUGCUUCAACUAAAAAAAUAACUGAAGCAGCAUUGACAACAAGGCCAACAAUGACUACAACAACUCCAAAGGUUUGGACAGGUUUUCCUACUCAUCCACCAACAACAAAACCUACAACAACAUCAACAACAACACAAAAAGUUUGGACCGGUUUUCCAACUCAUCCACCAAAAUCUGCGUCAACUACAACAUCAACAACUAUUACAACAACAAUGCCAACAACAACAAAGCUUUCAUCAACAAAAAAACCAAUAAUAAAAUCAGUUCAAAAACAAAAACCAACUGAAGCUCCGUUUAGAUUUGGUGCUGGUUUAUUAAAAGCAUUAUUUGGAAGAAAUAUUUUUGCUCCUCAAACAACACAAAGACCUGCUUUAACAAGACAACCAGUAAAAACUACACAAAAGCCAAUUUUAUCAACAACAACAACAGCUUCACCUGAAGAAGAUGCUAAAUUUUUAGUUGAAUUAUUAAAUGAAGCAGAUAAAAAAGGUAAAGAUGGUAAAAAAAGCCAAUCACCAUUAACAUCUAGUGAUGAGAGUUUUCUUCGUUCAAUUUUGAAUGGUCAAGCUAAAGUUAAAACACCUUCUUCCUCAUCAAGCACAUCUGGUAAUGCUGCAUUAAUUGCUGAGCUUUUAAAAUCUCAAGGUAUUGAACCAUCAACACCAGCCAAUCAACUUCGUGAACAACUUCAAUCAAUUAGUCAAACAGGUAGUACAUCAAGACCAAGGCCAAUACCAACAAAACCAAAACAAAUAACAGUAAAAAAUCGAAUACCAAGCUCAACUUAUCCAUCUCCUUUAUUUAGUAAUUUUAAUUUUGGCUUUAAUGGACAACGUCAAAUAAAUUCUGAAGACAAUAAUGGUGGUAGUGGUGGUGGUGGUGUUAGAAAUCAAAUGUUGAAUGCUGCUCUUGGAGCAACUCGUGUGUUUAGUCAAUUUCUUGGUGCUGCAAUAACGGGAGCAGCUAAACAAUUUCAAUCAUUUGUUAAAAAUAGUACGAGAGUUGUUGUUGAUGGAGCAACUGUCUGAUCAGCUUGUUUAAAAAUUUUACUGACAUAAUUUAUAUAUUUCUCUAUUCCAUCGAUACAUUUGAUCUUGCGCACGUUCCAGUGAUCCUGAUGUCAUCCUGAUCUUAUCUGAUUUGCAACAUGGUUUGUAUUAUUCUCAUAGCAAAAAAAAAAAAAAAUAAUUACUCGUCAUUUCAGUUUCUUGUAACGACACUGUAUUUCUAAGUACUCGUUGUAUCCCGGAAAAAUCAUAAACAAGUCGUCUAGUGAACAUGUACCUCAUUUGCAUCAUACAAAAGUUUUUUUUUUUUUUUUCUAUCGAUGUAUUUUUUUUUCUAUCGAA